GCCCGGAGGAGCCGCCGUGGGAGGAGCCUCGUCUGCUGCUCGCCCUUCGCUCCCCCUCGGGCCGCAGGUUCCAGCAGCUCUUCAAGCCCAGCGACAGCCUCCAGCAGGUCCUCGCCGUGGCGGGGCCGGGGGGGGCGGCGGGCCACCAGCACCAAAAAAGCAGCCUGGAGACCAUGGAGGUGCCCCGACGGAGCUUCCCCGACCUGAGGAGGUCCCUGCAGGAGUGUGGGAUCCUCCCCAGGUCCGUGCUCUGCAUCCGGCGGCCGGAGCCGCGGCCUUAG